ACUCGGAAAGGAUCCCUUCGCAGGUGUUGGAACAAGCGCUGCUUGAAAAGCUGCCGCGGAAGUUCACUGUUCAGAGUUGUGCGUGUGUUUUCAGAUGCUUUGGGAAACGUAGAUGCUCAUCGCCCGCCGAAGGCUUUAUAGGAUCACAUUAACAAAAGCAUGAUGGAAUUUUAUGAGUCAACAUAUUUUAUUGUUCUUAUUCCUUCAGUAGUUAUAACAGUAAUAUUCCUCUUCUUCUGGCUUUUCAUGAAAGAAACAUUAUAUGAUGAAGUUCUUGCAAAACAGAAGAGAGAACAAAAGCUUAUUCCUACCAAAACAGAUAAAAAGAAGGCAGAAAAGAAAAAGAAUAAAAAGAAAGAAAUCCAGAAUGGGAACCUUCAUGAAUCCGAUUCUGAGAGUGUACCCCGGGACUUUAAAUUAUCUGAUGCCUUGGCUGUAGAAGAUGAGCAACUUGUACCUGUUCCACUGAAUGUGGUUGAAACUUCUAGUAGUGUUAGAGAAAGAAAAAAGAAGGAAAAGAAACACAAGCCUGUACUUGAAGAGCAGGUCACCAAAGAAAGUGAUGUAUCAAAGAUUCCAAGCAAAAAAGUAGAACCUGUCCCAGUUACUAAACAGCCCACACCCCCCUCUGAAACAGCUGCCUCAAAGAAGAAACCAGGACAGAAGAAGUCUAAAAAUGGAAGCGAUGAUCAGGAUAAAAAGGUGGAAACUCUUAUGGUACCUUCAAAAAAGCAAGAAUCAUUACCCCUCCACCAAGAGACUAAACAAGAAAGUGGAUCAGGAAAGAAGAAAGUUUCAUCAAAGAAACAAAAGACAGAAAAUGUCCUGGUAGAUGAACCUCUUAUUCAUGCAACUACUUAUAUUCCUUUGAUGGAUAAUGCAGACUCAAGUCCUGUGGUGAAGAGAGAGGUUAUUGAUCUGAUUAAACCUAACCAAGUAGAAGGAAUCCAGAAAAUGGGGGCUAAAAAACUGAGGGUGGAAACUGAUAAAGAAAAUGCUGAAAUGAAAUUUAAAGAUUUUAUUCUGUCCUUGAAGACUAUGAUAUUUUCUGAAGAUGAAGCCCUUUGUGUUGUAGACCUGCUAAAGGAGAAGUCUGGUGUGAUACAGGAUGCUUUAAAGAAGUCAAGUAAAGGAGAAUUGACUGUACUUGUACAUCAGCUUCAAGAGAAAGAUAAAUUACUUGCUGCUGUGAAGGAAGAUGCUGCUGCUAUGAAAGAUCGGUGUAAGCAGUUAACCCAGGAAAUGAUGACGGAGAAAGAAAGAAGCAAUGUGGUUAUAGCAAGGAUGAAAGAUCGGAUUGGAACAUUAGAAAAGGAACAUAAUGUAUUUCAAAACAAAAUGCAUGUCAGUUAUCAAGAGACUCAACAGAUGCAGAUGAAGUUCCAGCAAGUUCGUGAGCAGAUGGAAGCAGAGAUAGCUCACUUGAAGCAGGAAAAUGGCAUACUGAGAGAUGCUGUCAGCAACACUACAAACCAACUAGAAAACAAGCAGUCUGCUGAACUAAAUAAACUGCGCCAGGAUUAUGCUAGAGUGGUGAAUGAGAUGACUGAGAAAACAGGAAAGUUGCAGCAAGAGGAAGUCCAAAAGAAGAAUGCUGAGAAAGCAGUUACUCAGCUGAAGGUCCAAUUACAAGAAGCUGAGAGAAGGCGGGAAGAAGUCCAAAGUUAUAUCAGGAAGAGAACAGCAGAGCAUGAGGCAGCACAGCAAGAUUUACAGAGUAAAUUUGUGGCCAAAGAAAAUGAAGUACAGAGUCUGCAUAGUAAGCUUACCGAUACCUUGGUAUCAAAACAGCAAUUGGAGCAAAGACUAAUGCAGUUAAUGGAAUUGGAGCAAAAAAGGGUGAAUAAAGAAGAGUCUCUACAAAUGCAAGUUCAGGAUAUUUUGGAGCAGAAUGAGGCUUUGAAAGCUCAAAUUCAACAAUUCCACUCCCAGAUAGCAGCCCAGACCUCUGCUUCAGUUCUAGCAGAAGAAUUACAUAAAGUGAUUGCAGAAAAGGAUAAGCAGAUAAAACAGACUGAAGAUUCUUUAGCAAAUGAACAUGAUCAUUUAACAAGUAAAGAGGAGGAACUUAAGGAUAUACAGAAUAUGAAUUUCUUAUUAAAAGCUGAAGUACAAAAAUUACAGGCCUUGGCAAAUGAACAGGCUGCUGCUGCACAUGAACUGGAGAAAAUGCAUAAAAGUAUUCGUGUUAAGGAUGAUAAAAUAAGACUGCUUGAAGAACAGCUACAGCGUGAAAUUUCAAACAAAAUGGAAGAAUUCAAGAUUUUAAGUGACCAAAACAAAGCAUUACAAUUAGAAGUUCAGAAGCUACAGACCCUUGUUUUUGAACAGCCUAAUAAAGAUGUUGUGGAACAAAUGGAAAAAUGCAUUCAAGAAAAAGAUGAGAAGUUGAAGACUGUGGAAGAAUUACUUGAAACUGGACUUAUUCAGGUGGCCACUAAAGAAGAGGAACUGAAUGCAAUAAGAACAGAAAACUCAUCUUUGACAAAAGAAGUUCAAGACUUAAAGGCAAAGCAAAAUGAUCAGGUUUCUUUUGCAUCUCUAGUUGAAGAACUUAAGAAAGUAAUUCAUGAAAAAGAUGGAAAGAUCAAGUCUGUGGAAGAGCUUCUGGAAGCUGAACUUCUCAAAGUUGCUAAUAAGGAGAAAACUGUUCAGGAUUUGAAACAGGAAAUAGAGGCUCUAAAAGAAGAAAUAGGAAAUAUCCAGCUUGAAAAGGCUCAACAGUUGUCUAUCACUUCUCAAGUUCAGGAGCUUCAGAACUUAUUAAAAAGAAAGGAGGAACAGAUGAAUACCUUGAAGACUGUUUUAGAAGAGAAGGAGAAAGACCUAGCCAAUAGCGGGAAAUGGUUACAGGAUCUUCAAGAAGAAAAUGAAUCUUUAAAAGCUCAUGUUCAGGAGAUAGCACAACAUAACUUGAAAGAGGCAUGUUCUGCCUCACGGCAUGAAGAACUUGAGACUGUGUUGAAAGAAAAGGAAAAUGAAAUGAAGAGAGUGGAAAGUAUGCUAAAAGAGAGGGAGAGUGAUCUUUCUAGCAAAACAAAGCUGCUACAGGAGGUACAAGAUGAGAACAAUUUGUUUAAAUCCCAAAUUGAACAGCUGAAGCAACAGAACUACCAACAGGCAUCUUCUUUUCCCCCGCAUGAAGAACUAUUAAAAGUAAUUUCAGAAAGAGAUAAAGAAAUCACUGGUCUCCGGAAUGAGAUAGAUACUUUGAAGGAUGCUGUUGAACACCAGAGGAAGAAAAACAAUGACCUUCGGGAGAAAAACUGGGAAGCAAUGGAAGCAUUGGCAUCAACUGAAAAAAUGCUGCAGGACAAAGUGAACAAGACUUCCAAGGAAAGACAACAACAUUUGGGAGCUGUUGAGUUGGAAGCUAAAGAAGUUCUCAAAAAAUUAUUUCCAAAGGUGUCUGUUCCUUCAAAUUUGAAUUAUAGCGAAUGGUUGCGUGGAUUUGAAAAGAAGGCAAAAGAAUGUAUGACUGGAACUUCUGGUUCAGAGGAGGUUAAGGUUCUAGAGCACAAGUUGAAAGAAGCUGAUGAAAUGCACACAUUGUUACAGCUAGAGUGUGAAAAAUAUAAAUCCGUCCUUGCAGAAACAGAAGGUAUUUUACAGAAGCUACAGAGAAGUGUGGAGCAGGAAGAAAAUAAAUGGAAAGUUAAGGUCGAUGAGUCACAAAAGACUAUUACAAAGAUGCAGUUGUCAUUCACAUCUUUGGAACAUGAGCUAGAGCAGUUAAGAAGAGAAAAUAAAGAUACUGAAAAUCUGAGAAGAGAACGAGAGAAUUUGGAAAUGGAACUAGAGAAGGCAGAAAUUGAACGAUCUACCUAUGUCACAGAAGUCAGAGAGCUGAAAGAUCUGUUGACUGAAUUGCAGAAAAAACUUGAUGAUUCAUAUUCUGAAGCAGUAAGACAGAAUGAAGAGCUAAAUUUGCUAAAAACACAGUUAAAUGAAACGCUCACAAAACUUAAAACUGAACAAAGUGAACGACAAAAGGUAGCUGGUGACUUGCAUAAGGCUCAACAGUCACUGGAUCUUAUCCAGUCAAAAAUAGUAAAAGCUGCUGGUGACACUACCGUUAUUGAGAAUAGUGAUGUUUCCCCAGAAUUGGAGUCUUCUGAGAAGGAGACUAUGUCUGUAAGUCUAAAUCAGACUGUAGCACAGUUACAGCAGUUGCUUCAGGCAGUAAACCAACAGCUCACAAAGGAGAAAGAACACUGCCCGGUAGUAGAGUGAAGUAAUUGAGAAAACUGUUCAUUCAAGAAUAACAGGAGGCAUUGUAUUAUAUUUUGCCAAAUUAAAGCCUUAUUUAUGUUUCCACCCUUUCUACUUCGUCAGAAACACUGAACAGAGUUUUGUCUUUUCUAAUCCUUGUUAGACUACUGAUUUAAAGAGAGAAAAAAAAAAGCCAACUCUGUAGACACCUUCAGAGUUUAGUUUUAUAAUAAAAACUGUUUGAGUAAUUAGACCUUUACAUUCCUGAAGAUAAAAUAAACAUGUAAUCUUUUAUCUUAUCUUGCUCAAUAAAAUUGUUCAGAAGAUCCAAAGUGGUAAAGACAAUGUAAAAUUUAACAUUUUAAUACUGAUGUUGUGCACUGUUUUACUUAACAUUUUGGGGAGUAACUGCCUCUGACUUCCACUCAAGAAAACACUUUUGUUGCUAAUGUAAUCAGUUUUUGUAAUGGCAUCAGCAAAUAAAAGGAUGCUUAUUAUCAGACUUGUUCUAAUUUCAUUGAGCUUUAAUAGAUUCUAUUAGCAUCACAGGCCAACACAGUUAGUGAUUUCAACCCUCAGACAAGAUGAGAUAGGCAUUGUUGCUCAUACAACCUCUCUGCUGGAGGCCUGGUCUUCUCUUGGAUUCUGUGCAAUGUAAGUCUUGUCCAGAAGAGUUGCCGGUUACAGAAAGCACAAGCAAAUAUAUAGGGUUUCAUGCUUACCACCCCCACUUGAUGUUGAGGAGCUCUGCUUUACUUUUACUAUUAUUUUAAGUAAUAAAAAUUCACUUUUUUAGUUUCCUUCUUGCCAGGCACUAUGUUAUAGUUCAUGUGUUAAUCUUUUUUUUUUUUUAAAUCCUCACCCAAAGAUAUGUUUUUAUUGAUUUUUUUAGAGAGAGAGAGGAAGGGAGGGAGAGAAACAUCGAUAGGUUGCCUCCCAAACACACCCUAACUAGGGGUUGAACCCAAAAUCUAGUAGGUAUGUAUCCCAACCGGAAAUCGAACUCACAACUCUUUGGUAUCUGGGAUGAUGCUCCAAGUAACUGAGCUACCAGGCCAAGGCCAUGUGUUAUCUUUUUUUGUUGAAGAAGCUUUAAAAAAAAAAUUGGUUGGCCUGGCUGGCAUGGCUUGGUGGUUGAGCUUCGACCUAUGAACCAGGAGGUCAUGGUUUGAUUCCCAGUCAGGGCACAUGCCUAGGUUGCAGGCUCGAUCCCCAGUGGGGGGUGUGCAGGAGGCAGUCUAUCAAUGAUUCUCUCUCAUCAUUGAUGUUUCUAUCUCUCCCUCCCUCUCUCUGAAAUCAAUAAAAAUACAUUAAAAAAUAAUAAUUGGAUGAAAAACUGAGCCCUUCAGAUGCUAAAAAACCACUGACAAAUGUCUGUGCCACUGAGUAUUGAAGCAUUAAAGUGCCUGGCCUCCCUGCAGUUUGUCAUGCUUCUACCAUGGGGCCUCUCCACUUUGUUCUCUUGCAUAAAACUUCCUUUUCUUGACUUGAUCCCUCACCAUCUUGAGAUCUGUUUAAAUGUCAUCUUUCUCAUCAGAUCUAUCUCCAUCAUCCAGUAUCCCCCUGCCUCCCUGUCCCCCUACUUGUUUUUGUCUAUAACAUAAUUUUCAAAUAUAUACUUGGUCACUCCACCAGAGAGUACCAGUAAGCUCCAGGAGGGCAGGAAUCUUUUUGUUAUUUGCUUUAUCCCCAGCCCUGAGAAAGUGCCUGACACCUAAUUAUGCUCAAAUAUUUAAAUGAAUGAAUGGAUGAAAUUUAUUUUUAUAGAUUGAGGAUUGCUGCUUCCCAACCUUUUCACCUCAUAGCACACCUAUCAAAUAAUAUUUCUAAGGUAUAUAACCAGGGAUGCCUGCCUAGGGAUUUGGGCUUCCCCAGGCCUUGCCUGGCUGCUUUCAGCAAACCAUUGGGAAAUUGAUCUGAAGGCCAGAUACUGUGUCGGCAUCUUCUCUUUCCUUCAUUUUGCUCUAAAGCUACUUAUGUCUUUGCCACCUGAAAACAAACAAACAGAAAUCCUGUCUUCUAUUUUACAACCUUUCCUUUGCUACUCUUCUCUCCAGAGUUUAGUUUCUAAGAAUUGUAUAAUUGUAUUAUUUUUCAAUCUUCCUCUAUGUUGGAAUUUUUAAAAAAUAAAAUAAUUGCAAGAGA